CGUCGAGCGACGACCCUGGCAGGUCGUGCCCGAUGCAUGGCAACCACGAUGCAAAGGGCCCGCCGCUUUGUGGUGUUAGUCCAGGAGGGUUUCCACGCCCGGAUGAUCGAGACUCGCAGAUGUCUAUAUAACAUACCUCGUCUGCCGAUCUCAGAGAUAUGUCCCUACCACUCACGCCAACAUCAUUCCUCCACACUCGUUCUUGGAUAAGUUCAGUCACUCGUUCAGAACUAUGAUGGCUCUCAAGUCCCUGGCUGCGCUUGCAGCUCUGUCACUCGUUCCCAACGUCCACGCAUGGUAUGAGCAACUACCGCCAUGUCUGUCGCCUUUCCAACCCUUCCUUCAAGUUGGAUGCUACGACAAUGGUCUGCCCACCGAGAUGACGGCACUAUCUGAGAUGUUCGAUAAAAGCCCAGAUAUGACCGUUGAGAAAUGUGUGGCAACAUGCAAAGGCAAUGGUUUUCGAUAUGCUGGUCUUGCUUGGCGCGACACCUGUUACUGUGGGCAGACUGUCGACAAGCCUGAGGUCAACGCCGCCACGGAAUGUAACUUGGAGUGCGCCGGGAAUUCCUCGCAGACUUGCGGUGGAGACACUGGGCUCAACAUCUACACCGACACCACCUUCCUCCCUGUGGAUGAGCAGACUAUUGCCGAGUACAGGCCCCUCGGUUGUUACACGGAUAAUAACCCCGAGGCCAAAAAGGCUCUGUUUUUCCGUCAAACCCAGCUUGAUAAUGAGCCCCUGACUACGGAAAUCUGUCUCGAGGCCUGCCGAAGCAAGGGUUUUCCUUUUGCUGGAACGGAGUUCUCUAGUGAAUGCUACUGCGGUGUUGCCAUCGGUAAUGGGACUGUCCACACCGACGAUGGUAAUUGUCAAAGAACGUGUACGGGUAACAACGACCAGUUCUGUGGUGGCGCGGGUCACAUCAACUUGUACGUGUUGAACGACCUCAUCUCACUGGAACCUUGCGGUUAUACUCCACCGCAAUCUUCGUCAACGGCUUCGAGUGCUGUUUCGACCACUUCCUCGACCGUUGCCGUGUCGUCAUCAACUUCCACCACUUCAACAAGUCCAACCUCAAGUUCUACAUCCAGCACACAGUCAAGCAUUACGUCAACUUCAACUUUGAAUUCGACUCCAACCUCCAGCACAAUUUCAAGCACCAGUUCAAGUACUACAUACAGUACAUCAACUUCCACCUCCUCGACAACUUCAACUCCGACUUCGACGCCCACUUCCAGCACACGUUCAAGCACCACUUCAAGUACUACAUACAGUACAUCAACUUCCACCUCCUUCACAACUUCAACUUAUAGUACACGCUCAAGUACUUCUUCAACUACUUCUUCAACCACUGCAGUAUCGUCAACAACUUCCACUUCCAGCACAAGGUCAAGCACUGCUUCAACCACUGCGGUACCGUCAACCUCAGCUUCCAGCACUCGAUCUACCACUACAAGUACCACCUCGAGUGUCAGGUCAAGCACUGCAAGCACAACUUCAAGUGUUACGAGCACUUCCCGAGGUUACGUCACCUCUUCUACGACGAGCACUCGCAGCACACAACGAACGAGCACUACUACCAGUCCUGCCAUGUGUACCUCUAGGGUUGUCACUGCUCCCACAUGCGAGUACCAGUGUGGCAGGUUCUGCUCUCAGCCUUUGCCUGAUUUUGAAGAUAGCAACAGCUGUCUCACUGCGUGGUCCCAGUGCGCUAUCCAGAUCGCCACUUGCUUUAAGUAUGCCGGAUGGCCUGACGCUAUGGAUUGCUUCAACUUCUACGAGUGGUGUGACGGCAUUAAGGAGUAUUGUAAGGGCAACUCUCGCGGAAGCAAGGGAGAUUGUUACAAGAAGCUUCCCCCUCAGUAUCCUGAUGGCAGUCGCCCGACCACUUCAACUACUGCCUUCCCCUGCACUUCGGCGCCUACUUCGACUACGUCUACAUCCAUCAAGCCAACUUCCAGCUGUCCCGUGCCUACCCCGACCGGUAUUUGCAUCCAGCCAACGUCCAGAAAAUAUGAUGGUCCCGUCGGCGGCAUUAAGCUCCCCGUCCUGACCUGCAACAACAUCGAGGCCGACUACAAUUCCCGAUCCAAGAACGUCUUCAAACUGUACACCGAAUCCAACAGCAAGAACUGCAAGUCGUACCCGCGCGACCAGAGCGACAACGCCUGCCAGGAGGCCUGCACCGUCCAGUUCAACCAGUGCAGUAGCGUCUAUGCCCAGGGCUGCAGGACGGGCGGCAAAGACUCCAGCGGACGGAUACACGGCGAGGGGUACAAGAGCCCUAGUAGCCGGAAGAGGGGCCGGAAUUACUCUGAGGCCACCGGGAUGGAGAAGCGCACGGGGGCUAAUCGCUGGAGCAGGGGCUAUGAUGAUGCGAGUAGGGAUUGUCAGAUGCAGUAUGAUGAUUGUAAAAGGGUCAACCGCGGGAUUGAUGUUCGGGGGAAAUGUCAGAAGUUUGGAGAGGGGUAUUAGCCCAUUAGGCUUUGCGUCGCCGAGUACAGCUAACAGCAUGUGAUGGUACUUUGGCAGGGGUGGAAUUGCUGGGUUCUUGCUCAGAAUGACGAUGGCAGAAGAUGUACGACGGGGAAUGAAUACGAUUCGUGUACGGCAUAGCAAAAUUUUCAUACGGU